CACUCUCAACUGUCUGCACUUCAGCUGCAGUAUCUACUCAUCUCUCUUUAACUUAAUCAUGGACACCCACUUUUACAACCCAAACAUGGCCAGCAACUUAGGAUGCAGCAGAAAAAAUAAGGAGGAGCUGAGGAUAGUGUUGGUGGGGAAGACUGGUAUUGGGAAGAGUGCCACUGGAAACAGCAUUCUGGGAAACCAGUGGUUUGAAUCAUAUUUUGGUCCCGAGUCUGUGACUGUAGAUUGUUCCAAGCGCAAAAGUGUGGUGAAUGGGCAACAGGUUGCUGUGAUCGACACCCCGGGCCUGUUUGACACCAGGUUUGGCAUGGAUAAAACUACUAAAGAUAUCUGCCAGUGCAUCUCUUACGCUGCUCCUGGACCCCAUGUGUUCCUGGUGGUCAUCAAGCUGGGCAGAUACACUGAAGAGGAAAAGCAGACAGUGCAAAGAAUUCAAGAAAUCUUUGGCGAGGCUGCAGACAGAUACAGCAUGGUCCUCUUUACUCAUGGUGACCUUCUUGAAGGCACAACUAUUGAGAAAUUCUUGACGGGCAGCCCGGACCUGCAGGAACUUGUGGACAGAUGUAAUGGCCAGUACCAUGUCUUCAAUAAUAAGCUGAAGGAUCGUUCUCAGGUCACUGAGCUGCUCCAGAAGAUCAGAGAUGUAGUCCAGAAGAAUGGAGGAAGCCACUACACCAACCAGAUGUUCCAAGAGGCAGAGAGGGAGAUCGCAGAGGAGAAACAACGCAUCCUGAAAGAGAAAGAAGAGCAAAUACGCAAAGAGAAAGAGGAACUGGAGAGGAAACUACAGGAAAAAUAUGAUAAAGAGAUGAAGAAAAUGAAUGAACAACUCCAGGCUGAGAGAGAGAGGGAGAGGAGAGAGAGAGAGGAGGAAAGUAAGAGGGAGAGGAGACAGAGAGAGGAGGAAAGGGAGAGGGAGAGGAGAGAGAGAGAGGAGGAAAGGAAGAAGGAGCUGGAGCAGAUAAGUGAGGAGAGAAAGAGGGAGAGGAGACAGAGAGAGGAGGAAAGGGAGAGGGAGAGGAGAGAGAGAGAGGAGGAAAAGAAGAGGGAGAAGGAAGAGAGAGAAGCGGAGAUAAAGAGAGAUAGAGAGGAGAGAGAAAAGGAGAUGGCAAACAAGAUGAAUAAGAUGAAUGAACAGCAUGAGAGAGAACUGAGGAAAGAAAGAGAAAAAGGUGCAGUCCAAACAUGAAGAGGAGGCAAGGAAGGAAGCAGAGGAGCUUAAUAUAUUAUCUCCUCUGGUAGCAGUUGGUGAAACAGUAUUGGAUACUGGUGAACUAGUAGUGAAGGCUGGUGGGAGGGUAGUUGGAGGAAUAGCAAAAUUAGGAAGGAAAAUUGGGAGUUUGUUCCCUUGAUGUCUCAGGCAGUUCAACUACACAGAAACCCUCCACAGAAAUAUAAUCUCCAUUCUCCUUUUUUGAUUAGCGCAGUGAAUGAUGAAGAAGCUAAUUGUGUUUAUCGAAGUAGAGCUAUAGACUCAAGCAUAUUCUCAUAUUGAUAUCUUUUUUCAGGAUUUUUCAAAUAUGGCCUAAAGAUGUAUUCAGUGUGUUAACACAAGUUAACUUUUCAAAGUAUAACAUGUUUGCUCAUCAUUAACAUUUUAAGCAACAACACAGUUUGUCAUCAAAGCAUUCUUUUCACAAGUUAUGUAAUGAUGUAUGUGUUCAUAUUCUAAACUGAACUAGUAAUAAACAUGUGAUAUUAAGAACAAA